GGUCGGGCAUAUCAGCGGAGGGCCGUGGAAGGUGGGGGGUCGGGUAUAUCAGUGGAAGGCGUCCGUUCUCCCUCGCCACAGUGUCUCCUGCCGCAGCCAUGACCGGAGCGCUCACCAGGACCUUCCUGCUGGGGGUCGCCGCCCUCCUCCACACAGGUGUGGUGGGUCAGGCGAGCGAGAUGUGUCCCUGCUUCUCCAUCAGGAGUGAGUGGGAUGGGAACUACGACGCCGACUUCUCCGUCAAGGCCACCACCAGGUUCACGGGCCUCAUCGUCCAUCUCACCUUCGACAACCCCGUCGAUUCUCUCAACUACUGGCAGGGGACGGUGGAGAAGGUGGACAGUACCCACUUCACGCUCACCAACCAGAUUUUCUCCGCCGUGCCAAACGACGACGUCACGUUUGGCAUCGAAGUCCACUUCACGGGCACCAAACCCAUCAUCACCGGCGUCAUUAUGAACGGAGAUGAUGUCUGUGAUGGCGUCGGUGACUGGACGACGCCGCACGCCCUAGACAACCCUUGCGACGCCACGGGCAUGACCCCAUACGACUACAGCCAGGUACUGUGCAUGUCAUACGUUUUCUAUGAGGCUCAGCGCUCGGGUAAGCUGCCCGCUGAUCAGAGAGUUACCUGGAGGGGAGACUCUGCCCUCGACGACGGCUCUGAUGUGGGCCACGACCUCAGUGGCGGAUACUAUGAUGCCGGGGACCACGUCAAGUUCGGCUUCCCCAUGGCCUACACCGCCACCGUCCUCGCCUGGGGACUCCUCGACUUCGAAAAAGGACAUGAGCUCGCAGACCAAGUGGAGUACGGUCGAGCGGCUGUCAAAUGGGCCGCGGACUACUUCAUCAAAGCCCACACCGCCCAUUAUGAGUUCUAUGGACAGGUGGGAGAAGGGAACUUGGACCACGGCUACUGGGGCCGACCUGAGGAAAUGACCAUGGACAGACCGUCUUACAAGAUUGACAGCGGCGCCCCAGGGUCGGACUUGGCUGCUGAGACCGCCGCCGCCCUGGCAGCAGCCUCCAUCAUCUUCAAGGACGUGGACAGCGCCUACGCCAGCAAGGUGCUCUCCGUGGCCGAGGAGCUGUACGCCUUCGCUGAUGAGGACCGGGAAGUCUACAGCAACUCCAUCACGGAUGCUGCCGCGUUUUACAGGUCGUGGAGCGGCUACGGUGACGAGCUGUGCUGGGGAGCUCUGUGGCUCUACAGAGCUACGGGAGACGACACCUACCUGACGAAGGCCAGAGCGGCCUGGGAGGAGUUCGACCUUGGGACGGACGCCGUUCAGUUCUCCUGGGACGACAAGAAGGCUGGAGUCUAUGCACUCUACUCCCAGAUCGACCCGGCCACGGCUGAGUACAAGACGGCCCUGGAGACCUUCCUCAGCUACGUCAUGAAUGACGCACCCACCACCCCACAGGGCAUGGUGUUCCUUGACACCUGGGGUGCCAACCGCCACGCUGCCAACGUCGCCUUUAUUGCUCUCUAUGCAGCGCAGUACGUCGACCAGGCCAACAGCGCCCAAUACCGCCAGUUUGCGCAGAAGCAGAUCGACCUGCUUCUGGGAGACGCCGGCCAUUCCUUCGUCGUCGGCUACGGUGUAGACUCGCCCCAGAGGCCACACCAUCGCUCCAGCUCCUGCCCGUGGCCCCCAGCCUCCUGCACCGACGGCUGGGCCCAGCAACAGCCGGGACCCAACCCCCACGUCCUCUACGGCGCCCUCGUCGGCGGCCCGGCUGAGGACGGCACCUACUCGGACGACCGCAACGACUACGUCCACAACGAGGUCGCGUGCGACUACAACGCCGCCUUCACAGGAGCGCUGGCGGCCCUGGUCGAGCUCAGCUAGACCAGGUGCUGAAGGACAGGCGACCUACCCAGCGGCAUACAUACAAGAACAUACAAAGUCAUACGUGCACAAGAACACAUACCCAUGACGAACUAGAGGGAGGAAGCACUGAAGACCAUCUCUCUCUCUCUCUCUCUCUCUCUCUCUCUCUCUCUCUCUCUCUCUCUCUCUCUCU